AUGCGGUUGCCGCAGAGCUCUGAGACGGCCUUUCAAGCCUUUCGCCUCAACUCGCUUGUACUGUUGCAGGCGUCCUCUUCUCUUGGCAGCUUCUCGCGGCCCGCUUCGGCAGCUUCGAGGCACCUUCGCCAGCGAAAUCACCUGCGCAUGCCCAGUUCCAACUGUCGACUUUGGGCGUUGCCUGCCAGAAAGAAGCUUGCGCUGUGCGGCCUCGUGUGUGGUUUGGACUUUGCCACACACUUGGGGCAAACUGGAGCCGGUGUCGUUUCAAAUGCAGGCACGGAACUUCCAGUUCCUUCGAAGCACCUCGCAGUCGACUGA